UUCCCAUACUUCAGCUUCGACUUAGACAGACUUUAUUAAUCCCCAGAGAGAAAUUCUGUAAAUACCACUAGAUAUAUUCUAUUGCGUGUUUUGAGGAAAGAAGAAAUUAGAAAAACAGAAAGCAACAAUGUCGAUCUCAGUCCACUUCACCUUUCACAUCGUUUUUUGGCUUGUACAAGAUUUUGUGAGCUGUGACAACAUGAAGACCUCUGUUGAUUUCGUGACUGUAGAAUUGGGAGACCAUCUUACAUUAAACUGUACCUACAAUUGCUCCAAUGGAUUCGUUCGUGGAUGCUGGAGUAAAGAUAUCUCUGACUGUCGGCAGCAUGUCGAAGCACCAUUUAGCAAAACCAACUUUUGCACAAAGUCUCUUUAUCUGUUUAAUGUGUCCACUGAAGAUCUCAAGAAGAACUACACGUGCUACACAGUAGAUACAGAAGACCCUCGACUUCCGCAAAAAACAGAGCGUAUCGUUGUACUUCAACUUCAAGCUCAAGGAAAUGACCAACAGUGGACAGUCACCCCUAAGAGUGAAACAAAAAAUGCCUCCCUUCCUGCUCAGACGAACAAUUCAAGUGGAGGAGAAUUUACAGGAAUUAAGGUUCUUGCAACAGUUACAGUUUUAGUGGCCACAGUUCUUGCAGCACUGGCUGUUUAUCUGUGUUUGCAUCGGAGCAAACAGAACUGGAAUGGUAAAGGGGAGCCUAUUGUGUCGAGGUCAAGCUCACCACAACCUCCACAUGCUGUUCUCUUACCAAUGAAGGGGACACAGUCGACACAAAAUGAAAGAGUGACUCUGAGGAUUCCUCAAGCAGAUAAUGACAGUGAUACUGAAGUUCCAUAUGCUGACAUAAUGAUCACUGUCCGCGGUGUCAGCACACCGGAGCUCACUCAGGUUGGAUAUUUGACUGCUGGAGAUCAGAAAGAGUGGUGGGGAGAUGAAUCGAGGUGCCACCUGCAGGCCUCACGCUCAGCCGACAGACUGCAUGUACCUCAGCCCAGAGAGGUCAGCCGCAAGAUGAGCACCAACUCUGAGUAUGCAGUCAUCACAUAUGCCUGACUGAGUAGGAGGAGAAGGAGGAGAAAAACAACUCUGAUUUCUUCAGAUAUGCAUUUACACCAGAGGGGUCAUUAGGCCUGAGUGUCUGAGGCUUUAUUCCCAAAUGUUUUAUGAUUUGGCCGACAAGUAUUUUUGUUUGCUUGCUUCUUUGUUCAUUGGUUUCUUUUUUAAAAGGACGAAUAACUGAUAACAGAAAUAGUUGUGGUGCUAUUCAUAUCAUUUUAUCAUGCUCAAACAAUCAAUUAUGAUUUGAAAGCCUUCAAAAAUAUUAUGACACAGUUGAUCAAAAAUACUGAGAUAUUCUGUAUAGAAAAUCUGAUCUGUUAAGUGAAGUCAAAAUAUUUUUCUAUCACAUCAACGUAUAAAUGAGGACAUUUCUAAAUUUUACAGUCUCAUCACAGGAUAUUUACAUUAUUGCGAGAAUGGAUGUUUCUCAAAAUUACAUUUAAUUAUUAAAGCAACAAAAUUUGGCAACAAGCAGCCAAGUAGCAAUGGAGACACAUUUUAUUGUUUUGCUGUAAGCUACUCUGAUUAUUGUUAGUUAUUUGUUUGGGGUAUUGGGACUUUACAGGUGAACCAUCUCACCAGCACCUGCAUCUCUUCUCCUAGAAUACUUAAAGCACCAGUCACCCUAAUUACUAUCACAUAUUUUUUUUGAAAAGAAAUUGUUCCACGAAUAAACAUUAUAUAUUAUUAUAACCAUGGAAUCAUAAUAAAUAAUACUAAUGUCAAAACAAACAGUUUGAACCACUUGUCUAGCAAUCCUGCGCUCUCUGUGAUAUUAAAUUUGAACGUGGGAUGAGCAUAGAGAGAAAGUGGGACUUUGUCUGGAGCACAGUGUGUCACGUUUUAUAUUAAUUUUACUGUGAAAUAUCUUGAAAAUGGUGCUCAGCUUCCAGUCCCAGGAUUUUCUCUGCUUUACACAUUGCCUUUUAUUAAAAUAUAUUUUUUCAUAUAUACUUCUUAUAUCAGUUUGUUUACGUAUA